CGUUUUUUUGUUUUGUUUUUUUCAUUUCUCGCGGCGAGAGCGAAGAGCAGAGCCCCCGCGGCCAUGGCGCGGACGAGCUUGUCCAAGGGCCCUGCCUAUGUGCCCCUGGAGGUCAGCACCCACGGCUUUGAUGACGACCUGGAUGAAGAGUCGGCAGCCUACCGGCAUCGUCCCUUUAGUCAGCGAAUGGCGCGGCGACGCCCGGUGCCACGAAACACCUCGCGGCUGGUGGGCGGUGUGGCCGUGCUCUGCAUCCUCGGAGCGCUGGCGCUUUGGGCGUGGGCAAGUGUUUUGUUGCUGUUGAAGCUGAACACGCUUCGCCAGCCACACGAAGGUCUGGUACAGGACGUGGUGGAGGGGCCACAGAACGUGGAGGGGCCACUGAACGCGCCCGCAGUCGAGCCCGCGGCAGCGCCGCUGGCCUUGCCAGCGCCAUGAGUUGCUCGCAUCCUCGCAUCGCGCGCCGGUACAGCUGCAGCGGUG